AUGAGAAAUCAGAUCUGUCAAGCAAUAGAAAAUGUGAAUUGCUUUGGACAGGAGCAGCUUACCAAGAACACUCGGAUAAAGAUCGCAAUGCUUGGGGAUGAUGGAAGAGUGGGAGCUGACGAGAAUUACACGGGAAGCCAAAUGCACUGGGGUUCUCUGAACAUUUUACUACUAAGAGGAGAUCAUGCUGUUCACUUUGUCAAGGUUGGUUGA